AUGGACACAGAUGAUAAGCACAUGGAGGGAAUGAAGAUGGAACGAGAAAUUAAACAAACAAUGGGUAAUGACGUCUCUGACGAGAUGAACCAACCCCUUACGCUGGGUGAAGGACCAUCCAGCUGGAGGAGAGUCGGAGAGAGAUCAAGACCCAAUCUCCAGUGGACAAAGAGCUUCCCCCCUUACAGUCAGUGCAUAGGUGGACUCGGAGACUGGGACAGUGAGCUCGAUUCGGAUACAAGCAUCCCUCACCAGCAACCUCUUACCCAUGAUGAGAUGAUGAAGAAAGACUGGACAGAGGGUUUUAAAGGCACAGAAAGAAAAGAUGAUGUUCAAGUGAAUCCGAGAUGUGCAAGGGAUGAAGUGAGGGCAAAAUCGAGGGCGAGGAGGUCAGGUGGGAGCUAUGAAGACGACACAGGCAGAUGGGAGAGAGGAAGGUGGGGUGGGAAGAGAAGAGUGGAAGGGAAUGGCAGAGAAAGGGGCUGUGAUGAUGUGGAAAGGCUGUUACACUCCUCGUCCUCCACCUCCUCCUGCUCCAUCAAUCUCUCCUCAGUGGAGGACGAGGUCUUCAGUGAAGGAGAGGAUGAUGGCAAAAAGAAGACAAUUAGGAAGUGUCAUUCCUGGAAAACCUACCUGACCAUAAUGCACUGGUCGCUGCGGCGGCAGAGCUCCUGGGUCCAGCUGGCUGGACAUCAAGGUAACUUCCAGCUGAGUGAGGAAGGGGAGGUGCUGAAACUGCACAAUGAAGAGGAGGCGAAGUGUCUCGAAAGCCUGAUGAAGGACCCACUGAGACCCUUUGUCCCACAGUUUCACGGCACGGUCACCAGGGGGGAGCACUGCUACAUCCGGCUCGAGGACCUGCUGAGCGGCCUGAGGAAACCAGUGAUCAUGGACUGCAAGAUGGGAGUCAGGACAUACCAGGAGGAGGAGUUGGCCAAAGCUCAGACCAAAGCCACCCUGCGGAGUGACAUGUACCAGAGGAUGGUGAAAAUAGAUCCGUCCGCUCCGUCAGCAGAGGAACACACAGAGAAAGGUGUGACCAAGUGGCGCUACCUUAAGUGGAGGGAUACAACCACUUCUACAUCCACACUAGGCCUCAGAAUAGAGGGCAUCGUGAUGGAGGACGGCAGUGUCCAACGGGACUUCCGAAAAAUUAAGACUUUAGCUCAGGUCACAGAGGCAUUGCUGUACUUCACUAGGAACAAGCUGGACGUCCUGAAAGCCUAUCACUCCAGACUACUGGCCCUGAGCGAUGCACUGAUGAAUUCACCAUUUUUCAGAAGUCAUGAGGUGAUCGGCAGCUCGCUCCUCUUUGUCCACGACCAUAGCAGCAAGGCCAGUGUGUGGAUGAUAGACUUUGGGAAGACGACCCCCGUGCAGGACGCGUUCAAGCUCCGACACAACAUCCCGUGGGUCGAGGGGAGUAGGGAGGAUGGCUACCUCAUUGGCCUGACCUCCCUCAUCACGUCUUUGAGCCAGGCCAUCAGUGUGGCCUCCUGUCAGGAGGACAGCAGCAGAGAGGAGGGGAGCAUUUUAAUGAAGCAGACUGAGGAAUGUGGUUGAGAUAACCCUAAGACGACACUCUAAUUCACCAUUGGAUGGACAAUGCUUGUGCGAUUACCACCAUUGAACUGUUACUUCAUUUCAUUCA